CACGUGAUGUGUAUGACAUAAUCUAUCAUGUGAUAUGGAUGAAUAAGACGCACGUGACUGACUACGCCGCCCAGCAGAAUGGAAGAAAAGAAAGAGCGAGACGCAGCAUCUAUGCGGACAGCUUCUUCUCUUCGCUUCACUCCCCUGUCUCUCAUCCUUGCCAUCACACAUCCUCUUCCAAACCCUUCCUGGGAAAAAGACUUUCUUUCGUUUCGCCUCGUGUCCUUCUACCCUCCCGUCGCAUCUUUGUCUUUUCUGCAAUUCUCUUUUUUCUCUCCGGUUCCCCGUGUUUCUGGACAAUACCUCUUUUAAGGUCUCCACGAGUCGACACGUCCAGAUUCAGCGGCAAAUAUGUCUAGCCGUCAGCAGAUUGACUCUGUCAUUGAUGACGAUGAUGAGUUCUGCCCCCUUUGCAUCGAAGAGUUCGACCUCUCCGACAAGAACUUCAGGCCUUGUCCGUGUGGAUAUCAGAUCUGCCAAUUUUGUUACAACAAUAUCAAGACCCACAGCGACGAGGGUCGAUGCCCUAACUGCAGGCGCGUUUACGAUGAGAGCACCAUACAAUACAAGGUCCCUGAUGCAGAUGAGUUCAAAGCGGAUCUAGCAUUGAAACAUAGAAAAGCCGCAGCAGCAAAGAAAAAGGAAGCCGAGAAGCGCGAGAUAGAAGCCUCCAGUCGGAAGAAUUUAGCUGGUGUCAGGGUCGUUCAGAAGAAUCUAGUCUAUGUGAUUGGUCUUAACCCGACGAUACGCGAUGAAAAUCAGCUCCUUCAGACACUUCGCGGCAAGGAUUACUUCGGCCAGUACGGAGAAAUCGAAAAGAUCGUGGUCAGUAAGGCAAAGCCCGGUGGCAACCCCAAUCAGGGCAUUGGUGUCUACGUUACCUAUUCAAGGCGGUCUGAUGCUGCAACUUGUAUCGCUGCUGUUGAUGGUUCUGUCAAUGGCGACCGUGUAUUAAGAGCGCAGUUUGGGACGACGAAAUAUUGCUCCUCAUUCCUCCGCAAUGAGCAGUGCACUAAUCGAAACUGCACGUUCUUACACGAGACUGGUGAAGAUAGCGACAGCUAUAGUCGACAAGACCUUUCGUCUAUGAAUACAUCGAACAAUCAACGUCACAGUCACCCUAACGGUGCCUCCGGUGGUCCAAACCACGGCUCUCACUCCUACCAACCUCAUACUCGAUUUCCGGCGCAACCCAUAUCGUCGGCGAUGCGCCGCCAACCCAGUAAAGAUGAAGCUCCGGGUAGAGGCCAAGCAGAUGGUUCUGCCCUUCCUUCAUCCGCAAGCUGGGCAAAUAAAGACGCUGUAAUCAAUCGUGCUAGACGAGUUAGUCUUUCAAAUAGUCAGGCUUCUCAGAGUCCCAGGCCGCAGGUGGCCACAGUCGCGUCUGGUGUCGAUGAGUCGAAACGCAAUGAGAAACAUCCACAUAUCGACCAGACAUCUUCUCGUCGCCAGACUCCAGCUCCGCCCGAAGUGUCGCAGCCUGUCUCUAAAACAAUAAAGCCGGCACCCCAACCGGAAAACCCACUCCUCGAUGACCUCCUCAAAGCUGUCAAUUCUGCUGAUUUCAGAUUCGUAUUCUCGGCCUCGGGUCUGUCCACAGAAGAUAUUACAUUGGUUGAAAAUCAUCCCUCGUUUAUUGAUCCGUACGGCGGUGUAAAGCGCAGGGCAAUGCGCGAAAAGGCUGAGCAGGAACGGGCAAAUCGAGAACAGGAGUUGCUUCAGUCAGCUGCAGCCGAGGAAGAAACGCGAGAAAGUGGAAGUUUACAACUGGGCGGCGAACCGGACGAUAUUCACCCUACUAGAUCGCACGGCAGCCGUGAAGCUAUUGGGGCUAUCCAGCCACCAUCCCAGCAGGGAACUGCCACCAGCUCCGCUAUAGGCUCUCCAGUAUCGGCCGCCAGCCACCAGUUCCAGGGUCUCAAUAUCGGCGCUAGGAGCCUUACUCCUCUUCAACAGCAGCAGCUAAUGCUUCUGAAGUCUGCCAGCAAUCAGCCAGGCCUAGUCGACCCUCUCCAGGCAGGUCUGAAUUCUGCUGCCUUCGAUCAAGCAGCUCAACUCCGCCAGGGUUUGCUGCAGAACCAAAUGGCCCAAUUCAAUGCCUUGCAGGCAGACAACCGCCAGUCCUCUAGAUUUUCCUUUGUUAACGAUUCCAACUCCAAAAACAUAGCUGGUGCUAGGAUGCUAGGUCAACAAGCAUCAUUGCUGCAAGCUGGGACCCCAAAUCCCCUCGCUGCACCCAGUCCGCAGCAUGGACUCACAAAUACUUUCUACACGAGCGGUGUUCAAGGCCCACCGCCUGGGUUGAAGACUGCUGGUACUCCUCCUGUUAGUGGAGGUGGCAUGUUCGCACAAGGACACGGCUUCACCACGAAUGUUAAUCUCGGCUUAGGAGCCACGAUGGGGAAGCAAGAUGCUAAUCCUGAUCUUAUGCGCGAGUUACUGCGUGGACGCAGUGGUCUGCAGGGCCAAGAAAAUACUAAGCUGGACGAAGAUUUCCCUCCUUUGGGCACGCAACCUAAAGACAAGCGAACCGGAGAUGGGUUCGGUUUUCCAUUACGCUCUCGGCUUCCCAUCGCAUCGCCCGCGUCGUCAAUACGGUCCGGAACGCCUACUCUUCCUCCUGGACUUCCUUUGCCGCAUGGACAUCCGCCAUCUCUAUCCUUUAAGGAUAUGCAGGAUCUAUCUAGCCCGUCACUGUCGGUUUCAAUUCCUGUAUCUAGAUCCAGCCCGGCUCCCGGAACCCCAGUUCAAAAGGCUCAGGAAAAUAUUAUUAGACCGCCCACAAAGGAAGUCCAGAAUAAUUCAAACAAUGCACCUCCGCAUAACAGAGUCAAAAAUCCAGUUGAUAUUUCUUUGGGCUCGCCUAUACCGAAAUCAGCUAGCAAGGUGCGAAGUCAAUUGAACGAUGAACUCAGGGUUUCUACAGACAGCCAAAACAACUCUUUAAAGUCCAGAGAAGCUUCCGCGCAAAGCAAAACGAGUACACCUACGCAAACUAAGCCCGUUAAAUCGGGCAGAUCAGAAGAUGUAUCACAGUCGUCUGUGGCCUCACAUACCAAGACCGAAACGACAGUUCAAAAUUCUACCGGCUCAGCUCCCGUUGGUGGUGGUGGCUCUAGACCAAAUACUCCCAUGACUGGCAUUUCGCGUGUUUCUGAUUCAUCCCUACGCCAAGCUCGAGUUCUGCGCGUAGUAGACACUCCCAAAACCGAAACCCCACCUCCUUCAGCUAGUCAGUCUGUAUCAUCUCUUCUUAUGAAGAAGCCAUCAAGACGGCCUAGCAUAUCGUCGCUUAGCAGACCAGAUACCCCAGGUGACUUUGGAUCAGAAGGUGCUCCCUCCUACACCUCGGCAUCAGUUUCCCGUGCGAACUCGCCUCCUCCUUCUAGGAUUGGCUCUGCACCUGUCCGCACUAUGACCAAAAGCCAGGCCAAGAAGGAAAGGAGACAGAAAGCCAAAGAAGCGGAGGCUAAGAAACAGGAGGUUGCGUCAACAGUUGUAGAAGAGCCGGUUCAAGCUCCAAUUGUCGGAAGGAAGCGGAAAACGAAGAAGACCCCAUCAAGCAGUGCAGAGCCUUUAAGCGCGGCUGAGGAUAGCAAGUCUGAACCUGGAAAGCCUACCAAGUCUGGAAAUGUGGCAUCAGAGGCAGACGGCCAGAAACGGGAAGCUGGCAAGAAGGCCAAGGCAAAGGACGAGUCUCCGAAAGCUAUCAAGGCUAUCCCUGCUGAGGACCAGAAACAUUCUGACCAGACCGCAUCUACCGAGGCUUGGCGAUCGAACAAUACGGUGGAGCAGAUGAUCAGGGACUCUGAAUCCAAUGGUACGCCGCUCAAGGACCUUUUUAUCGAGAGAACAUCUUCACUGCAGACAUUGCUUGCUCAGCUACACAAAUCCGGGAGCAUCAACCUCAACGAACACCCUCUGUUCAACCCUCCCAAUCUCAGUCUGCGCGUUGACUUGAAGUGCACUUCGGAGGACUAUGAGUUUUUAAAACGCCCUAUCGAGUUGACCGAAGAGCACCGCAAGACCUUGCUGCGUGGAGAACCCAUUAGGAUUAACGGUGACUCUAAGAUGCAGAAGAACAGAUGUCUGAUUAGUCCGCAUGGGUGCGUUCUACGACAUCUGUCAUCCGAUGAAGAGGAUAGAUAUCUUGCCCUAGAGAAGAGCACCGGCAAAGCUAUGGACCUGUUUCAGGAUUAUCCUGUCACAUCUAUCACUGAGCCAGACUUGAACAACCGAGGAGGCAGCCUGGACGCGCUUUUUGCAACGCCGGAGAAUUUUAAUAUAUGCUGGGUAGACGAAACCUCGCUGAAUCUUGCAGCGUCUACCUCUCCCAACGCUACUCUUCCUUCAGCAGACCUGCCUGCGUCUUCCAUUGCAGCUGCCCCGCCAAACGUUCUCUCAGCCAUGGAGGCGGAUAGUACUCGCAGCCACCACUGGGCCAUUGCCAACACGGCUGAAUUGGUCAACGCAACAGCAGCGUCCGUUCGUUCAUUCGCAGCAGCCACGGCAAAACAUAUGCUUGGGGCUGCAGGUGUAGUUAUGGGUGUUCUUCCCGAUCUUGAUGAUGUCGUUGGUAUGACUGAUGAAGAACUCCGAUCGUUCUCUCUCAAGUCACAGAAAGAUCUCGAGGUUUCGCGCAAAGAAAUUGAACUUGUCGACAAGAAGGUCUCUGCGCUCGUUAAGCGAAACAAGAAGCUGGUGCAACAAGCACUCGCCACUACGGUUGAAGGAUAAGGCAUUAUUUCGAUUGACUUUACGAAUUUCUGUCAGCAUGGGUGUAAGGCGUUCAGUUCUGUGUUCUACGUCAUGAGUAGAAAAUGUUGGCACUGGUUUUUAUGGUAUUAGAUGAAACUGUAGUUGAUUCCAGGUACCAAUCCAUAUGGUUCUGCCC